UUUAACUAAUUUCAAAGUUGAUGUUUAAUGCAAUUUCCACUUGGUGGAGCUAGUAUCGCUAAUCUGUCAUGUGAUAGGGUAAAAACUUUUUCGAUCGGAAUCACCUGUCACAAGAUUUUUUUAAGAUAUUAACACACUUGCAAAAUGGCACAACUGCGAACCGUCUUGGGUAAUACUUUUGCCACCCUCUUCACUUCGGUUGUAGUGAUUCUGGUCCUAUACCAUGUCCUCACUGGCAAGGGCGAACGUGUAAGUGUUGGCUGGUUUUUGGCCGAAACCUCACCCUAUAUGUGGGCAUGUCUAGGCAUUGGACUUGCCGUCUCUCUAUCUGUUGUUGGCGCCGCCUUGGGUAUACACACCACAGGCACCACCAUUGUUGGUGCUGGCGUCAAGGCCCCUCGCAUCAAAACCAAAAAUCUUAUCUCGGUCAUCUUUUGUGAGGCUGUUGCAAUCUAUGGACUAAUCACUGCCAUCGUAUUGUCUGGUUUGUUGGAGUUCUAUCAUUCUAAAGAAGCUCUAAACAGUCAAAUGGUCAUGAAUAACAACUGGACAGCUGGUUAUGUCAUGUUUGGAGCUGGUUUAGCCGUUGGAAUGGUCAACUUGUUUUGUGGUAUUGCUGUGGGCGUUGUUGGCUCGGGAGCUGCUCUUGCUGAUGCAGCCAAUUCAGCUUUGUUUGUUAAAAUCCUCAUUGUUGAGAUUUUCGGCUCUGCCAUUGGUCUGUUUGGACUCAUUGUUGGAAUCUACAUGACCUCAAAGGUGAAAAUGGGUGACAAGGAGUAAAUUCUCUGUAAAUUCAAUUUGUUCCCUUUUUUCCUAUUUUCUUAUUAUUAUUAUUAUUCCUCCCAAACAUAAAAAAAAUUCAAACUAUUUUGUCUUUUUCGCAAUAAAAAACAUGAAAUUUAUUCAUUUAGCCAUGUAAAGAUGAAAAAAAUCAAUGAAUAUUUUUCUGUGUAUAUAAAAUGGAACAUUAAAAAAAUAUUGUGUUAUAUAUAUAAAUUUUAUCAAACGAAGUAUUCAUUCCGUUCUUGUUGAAUUGAUGUCGGUUUUCAUUCGACCCAGGAGCUUAACAAACAUUUGUCCAUUCGUAUUUUUCUUACUUUAAACUGCGAAACUUGCAGUGAUUUUCUGCAAAAUUAUUAUAAUUUUUUUUGUUUUUCUUAUUAUAAUUUGUUGCAUUCUUAUUAAACAGUAUAUCUACAAUUUU